CCGUUUCCCUUUUGGCUUUCCCUUGUCUUCCCAUCUCUCGCUGACCAUGGACCUGGCCGUGCCAGUUGCUGCUCCGUCAGUCGAAGGCUCAGCCAGCUGUCCAGCCAUGACCCGCUGUGGAGACGACACUGCAAGAAGCACUGGCUCAUCUCUGAGGAAGAGAAGACCCAGAAGAACCAGUGUUGGAAGUCCCUCUUCAUAGACACUUACUCCGAUGUGGGAAGAUACAUUGACCACUACGCUGCCAUCAAGAAGGCCUGGGAUGACCUCAAGAAAUACCUGGAGCCCAGGUGUCCGCGGAUGGUGCUGUCUCUGAAAGAGGGCGCCCGAGAGGAGGACCUGGACGCGGUGGAAGCCCAGAUCGGCUGCAAACUCCCCGACGAUUACCGCUGCUCCUACCGCAUCCACAACGGACAGAAGCUGGUGGUGCCGGGGCUGCUGGGAAGCAUGGCGCUGUCCAACCACUACCGCUCCGAAGACCUGCUGGAUGUGGACACGGCUGCGGGAGGCUUCCAGCAGAGGCAGGGGCUGAAGUUCUGCCUCCCGCUCACCUUCUGCAUCCACACUGGCUUGAGCCAGUACAUCGCGGUGGAAGCAGCAGAGGGCCGGAACAGAAACGAGGUCUUCUACCAGUGUCCCGACCAAAUGGCUCGAAACCCAGCUGCUAUUGACAUGUUCAUCAUAGGUGCUACUUUCACCGACUGGUUUACUUCUUACGUCAACAACGUGGUGUCGGGUGGCUUCCCCAUCAUCAGAGACCAAAUAUUCAGGUAUGUUCAUGAUCCGGAGUGUGUGGCCACCACUGGGGACAUCACCGUUUCCGUCUCCACGUCGUUUCUGCCAGAACUCAGCUCUGUGCACCCCCCGCACUACUUCUUCACGUACCGAAUCAGGAUCGAGAUGUCGAAGGACGCGCUUCCCGAGAGGGCCUGUCAGCUGGACAGCCGCUACUGGAGAAUAACGAAUGCCAAGGGUGAUGUGGAGGAGGUUCAGGGGCCUGGAGUUGUGGGUGAAUUUCCCAUCAUCAGCCCAGGUCGGGUGUAUGAGUACACAAGCUGCACCACGUUCUCGACGACAUCUGGAUACAUGGAAGGCUACUACACUUUCCACUUCCUCUACUUCAAAGACAAAAUCUUCAACGUGGCCAUCCCCCGGUUCCACAUGGCCUGCCCAACCUUCAGGGUGUCUGUCGCCCGGCUGGAGAUGGGGCCCGAUGAGUAUGAGGAGAUGGAGGAGGAAGAGGAGGAGGAGGAGGAGGACGGUGACUCAGCAGACAUGGACGCGUCUGACGACGAGGACGAGGAGGAGAGACGCAGGAGGGCCGCCGCUCGCGCCUUCUUCAGCGCCUUCCGCCGGGGGAACCCUGGGGUGGCCCCCCUGAGCGAAUGACUGCAGGAGCUGCUCUCUGGCCAAGGAAAAGACGUUUCUUUGUUUCAAACUGUUUUGUACUCAUAACAACAUAGGAAUGGAGGGGAUCGUUUUGAAUGAGGAUUUAAAAUGUAGCAGAAAUACCUGCCGUUGAUGUGGCUGCGGCUGCUGUGGAGACGCCGCGCGGGUGGAGUUCCUUGGACGCAGACACCAUAUGUCAUAGGGCCGGUCGCUUGGUGGCUCCUGACGUCGUGUGCUCCCAGGAGCCAACUGACUGAGUGACCCGAGUGGCUUUUCCUUUCCCAGACAUUCUGCCCUUGACCUUCGUCUUUGUCGCUGAGACCGCAAACUUGAGUGUUUCAUCUCACGACCCUGAACUCAAGCUUCCAACAUGAUGCCCUCCAUCACAAUCCACAGGCGCUCACGCAGAACGCCGCAUGUGGGUCUGCCGUGGGCCGUUCCCUCGUGGCAUCUUGUGGUCUCGGUUGUAAAUGCCACGCCCUGGGGCUCUCCUCUGUAUACCUGACGGUCUGCCUUUGUGAUCAGUGACAUGAGUUCAUGUUAGGGUUAAGUGUGUUUUCCUGAAACAUGAAUUUUUUGGUAAUUAUGUGA